AACAUUUAUCAAUGUCAUCGUUCCAAAGCUUAAUUACAUUUGCAGAUACUGCUGCUCGUAAGUUAACACGGAUGAGAGAGGCCAGUAUGACAAAAUCACGGGUGUCUCAAAAGUGAGUGUGUACGUUUUCAUGAAGACGCUUUGGUCAAGAAAGAAAAACAACUACACAGACUCUCUCGGAGAAUCGGCCACAUCGACAAAAUAGGUACUAUGGAUGCCAAUCCAUUCUCAAUUGAGAGCAUUCUUAAAAAGAAACCGGUUCACUCGUCCGUGAAUCAUACGGAGGAAACUCAGCCGUCCAAAUCAAGAGAAGCACUUUCACUGGCCGUGAAACUUGCAGGUAAGCGAUUAAUGAUGUUGCUGACAAAUGUCGCUAUCACGUAGUGUCUCAGUAAAAUCGUGAAGAGUCAGAUGAACCAAAUUGAGCCUCCAGUGUAACACACUUCGCCGUGAUCUGUGAUUAGUUUGUUUUGAGUGCAAACUAUACGAAACUUCAUUCCUUCUGAUAUCAUUUAAUCAUCUCGGUUUCGAGAGGUUAUUAAUUUUAAGACAACACUGGAGGAAGACUUACAACUUUCAAAAUUAUAGCCUCCGUAGAUCUUUGAUCUAAGUCAAAACAAAUCACUGUGUUUUUUAAUAACAGAGUACUUCAGUUGAAGAGGACUGGAUUAACACUGAAUGAAGCUCGGUCAGUUUCUCGAUGAACUGGAUUAAUAUUGGAGCUAUAGCCUGCAAAAGACGCAAUAUGAGCCGCAAUGGCCGUAAUUGCGCGGCAAUUUAUCUUUGAAGCAAAUCAAAACAAAGUGUGUCUCAACAUGACCAAACAGUACUUGAAGAGGAAUGAAUCAUUACAACACAUCGCUGAAUUGUUUUGGAAAGACCUUUGCUAAUCUUCUUGUGAGCAACUUUGACAAGAACCUUUGUUUAGUCAAUGUGAUCUUUAACUGUUUACCGUUCGAAGUCUAUUCUCCAAAAUUAGAAAAUCUUUCAAAACCAGUUUGGCAUUGUUACCAGCCACCGACAGCCAUUUUGCAGACAGUUCUUGAAGCCCAAAACCUAAGUCUAAGAUGACGUCUCCGCUCUUAAAAAACAUUACAUCUGAGCCUCCUCUCGCGUUGUUAUUUAGUAUCACAGAACCAAGCUCAAUUUAUCCUUUAUCUGGAAGCUCCACUUGAUUGCGUGAAGAGUAAAUGAGCAUAGGUAUGUCAAAUAAAAGGAAAUGUAAACAAGUUAACAAGGAGCGGAAGGCUCUACGAACGGCGUAAUGAGAAAUCCAUCCUCAAACAUCUUAAGCAAACGUCAAAAGACAAGUGAGGCGAAAGCUUUACGUAGCUUCGUACUGAUUCAUUGAGUAUCAUUGAGUUGAAAUAUUUUGUAAGUUUGCUCACAUACACAACAGCGCGUCACCGCACCCGUUGGUUCCCUUAUCGGGAAUUUAUCACAGCUUGAUGUAUUUCUCUGACCAUAUUGGCGCCAGCCAAGCACUAAUCAUGUUCGCAAUGUUCAGGAAUUCCAAUUAGAUUGCUCUCUGAUUUAUUGGAUGUACCUUUAAAUGUGUCAUAUGCGUUCAAGGGGCAACUGAAAUGGUUCCGAGGAGAAAAGGGCAUCACUCCCAACGAAUUGGUAGAAAAUGUCUGGUUGAUUUUUUAAAAAUCCGUUAAUGCACGUGAGAGGCGCGGUUCAAGUACAAUGUAUAUCCAAAAAACUUAGAAAAUGAAAUCCUGAUCUGAUUAUUCUGUCUAAUCAGCAUUUAUCAACAGAUGCUAAUUUUAGUAACACUAUGCUGAUCUUGUUGUCUUUUUUCUUAUUUCAUUGCCGUAGACACUAUCUUCUCCUCACAUUCCCACCUCAAGACAACAGCACUCUCUAUGAAAAGUAAAAGAGGCUUUCACAAUCCUUUACAUUCACAUCUCAUCUUCUCUCCCUCCGUAACUCACUGUAUGUUGAUCAAUGGAAAGAAUCAUUGCCACCUUGCGAACCUGACUUAACUUCUACCAACUGAAACUAUGAGCAAUAACCUCAGAAGAACAAUUUUUUGUACAUUUACUAUUACCAUUACUCCACAGUAUUUCUUUUUCCUCGAUCUCAGUUCUUGUUUUACGUAACCUUUGUUCAAGUACCCUCUCGGCCAUGUCGGUCCGAUUGUACAGUUUUUACUUCAAGGGUGACCUGACAUAUUCUCCUUGAAACAGUAUAAAGCUAACAAAAAGUACUCUACGUCUGUCGCUUAUUUAUUGUCCGAAUUAACGGUUAACCGCCAAUAUCUGAUCAGCCUUCUCCCCUGAGUUGCUGCACAUUUCCUCGUAAAUAAGUUGAGAGAUUUGGUGUCGCUUACAAAUUAAAAAACUGACCAUGUGUCACCUUUCUCAGAUGUUAUCUUAGAGGCUCGACAAGAAAAGACGCGACGUACACCACGGCGCACGCGCACUGCCUUCACCCACCAACAAUUAGGAAUCCUGGAGAAAUCCUUCAGUAAAACACACUACCCGGAUGUAGAGCUCAGAGAGCAACUUGCUGAAAAAACUAACUUACAAGAAGGGAGAAUUCAGGUAAACGAAUAACGUUAAUGGAUGGAUGAAUUAAACUGAAAUUAAUGAAGUCUUCACUUUAUUUUAGGUUUGGUUUAAGAAUAGACGUGCUAAAUACCGCAAGGAAGCAAGAACUUGCCUUCUUCUCGAGGAUUACGAAAGUGAAGAGGAACAAAUCCCCGCCGUUUGCCCAGUGACGCAGACCCAAUCAUCGCUGCCUUUUUUUCAGUAUAACACAGUUCCUUAUUGUUUCAACCACUGUGAACCCUUUGAUUCAAUAGGAACUUAUGGACACUCUUCAGCUAUGUACCCCCAGUUGAGUAGACACACCCAGUUGACCUCACAUGCUCACUUGACACAGCCGCUUGGAAUACACGGCUGGCAGCCUGUGUCGACAAAUGUGAUGAUGAGUAACGCACAUUUUGGAGAUAUGUGGAAUGGAUGAAAACAGUUAUCGAAAUCGUUCAAAGUGUAUUUGAUAGAUCACUGCAACAGAUUCGAAACAGUAUUUGUGUGUGUUGUGCAUUUAGAUCCACGUUAUACGAUCGUCUUUCGCCGCGACUCAUCCCGAGUAGCUGACAUUUAUUGUACGCCUCAUAAGAAAAAAAAAUGUUGUCGUUAUAUAAUUCACUAGUAAUAAAUGCAGUGCCUCACUUGUGCGUAACGGACGCUAAAAGUCGGCGUGAGAAUGUUGUACUGCAAAUGAAAAAACAAAUGAAAUAAGGAAGAUUCAUUAAAUCGACAGAAUGUGAGUCGUUGUUUUUUCGAUCGAAAAAGACUAAUGAAUUCAAAAUCAGUACAUCCUAUGACGAUAAAAAUUUUUUCUUUUCACACCUCUGUGCUUUAGUAUGCAAUCAAUAAAUCGUCUUCUUACGUCUUAUGAAAAGCUCAUAUCGAAUUUUCAAUUAUUGAUGUAAAAUACGGGAGAAGAGGGCUGAAAAUAUCCACGGAAAUAUCAUUGUAAGAACUUUUCAAAUAGCUAGUGGUAUAAUAAUGUUUUUCUUUUGUCGCCGUCUUAACGGAAACACAUAAAUACCGAUUAAAAUUCUGUAUAUAAACUUUAGAACUAUGGAUCUUUAAAAUCAGUGACAUCGACAAUCAGGGUAACGGUUAUGACUGC